UUUUCUGUUUUGGUCCCAUUUUCGCGAGGUUUCGUCCUCCAUAAAGGGAAGCUACUCCAGUUAAAAUGGAGGUCCAAAGGGUGCAGCAAGCUGAAGUUGAAGUGACAGUUGUUGGCUCGUGCAACACAGAUCUUAUAAGCUAUGUUCCAAGAUUUCCAGCACCUGGUGAAACUCUGCAAGGUACAAAGUUCAGUAUGGGUUUUGGUGGAAAGGGAGCCAACCAGUGCGUGAUGAGUGCUAAACUUGGGGCAAAGACAGCUAUGAUAUCAAAGGUUGGUAAAGACACUUUUGGAGAUGGCCACAUUAAAAAUUUCAAAGAGUUUGGAAUUUGUACAGACUAUGUCUAUACCACAACGGAAGCAUCAACAGGAGCUGCACCAAUAUGUGUAAAUGAAAGUGGUCAGAAUUCUAUAGUGAUUAUACCAGGGGCAAACUUGUUGCUUGAUGAAGCUGACCUUGCCACUGCUGAAAAAAUCAUUUCAAAGUCAAAAGUCAUGUUAUGUCAACUGGAAAUCAAUCCAAAAAUAACAAUGGAAGCGCUAAAAAUUGGAAGAAGACAUGGCGUUCAAACAGUACUUAAUCCAGCACCAGCAAUUCCAUUAAACAAAGAAUUUUUCACCUAUACAGAUAUUCUUUGUCCCAAUGAAUCAGAGGCUGAGUUGUUAAUCGGAAGUCCGGUGAAAACAGUGGAGGAUGCCAAAGGUGCUGCAAAGAAAUUACAUGACCUUGGAUGUUGUGAUGUCAUUGUUACCCUCGGAGAGAUUGGCUGUGUUGUAUUAGAGGGUAAAACCACUGAUGUGAUACAUUUACCAGCACCGAAAGUAGAAGCACUUGAUACUACAGGAGCAGGUGACUCUUUUAUAGGCAGUUUAGCUUUCUACCUGGCUACUCGGCCAGAGCUUGGACUUGUAGAAUCUGCAAGACGUGCAAUAAAGAUAGCAUCAGUAAGUGUUCAGCAUGCUGGUACCCAGACCAGUUAUCCAACAAGGAGCCAGCUUCCAGCAGAUUUAUUCACCUGAUAGAGACAUAUGUGUUCUCUCUGUAAGACCAAUGAUAAAUAAUAAAUAUGAUUGAAAACAUGUGCUAAUUAUUUCCUAAUUGGACAAAAUUGGGAAACCCUUUCUUAGCUCGACUAUUCGAAGAAUAAGUAGAGCUAUCCUACUCACCACGGCGUCGGCAUCACACCUUGGUUAAGUUUUUCGUACCAGUCCACAUUUUGACAAAGUCUUUUGAGAUAAAGCUUUGAAACUUUCAACACUUGUUUACCAUCAUCAUGGCCAGUUAUAGGCAAGAGCACAUAACUCCAUCAAGGAUUUUGGCUGAAUUAUGGCCCCUUUCGACUUAGAAAUCUUGGUUAAUAUUUCGUACCAGUUCAUAUUUUGACAAAGACUUUUGAGAUAAAGCUUUGAAACUUUCAACACCUGUUUACCAUCACCAUAUCCAGUUAUAGGCAAGAGUACAUAACUCCAUCAAGGAUUUUGACUGAAUUAUGGCCCCUUUUGACUUAGAAAUCUUGGUUAAGUUUUUCGUACCAGUUUAUAUUUUUUGUAAAGUGUUUGACAUAUGGCUUUGAAACUUUUAUCACUUGUUUAGUAUAAUAGUCUCUAUCUGUAGGAAAGAGAAAAUAACUCUGUCAUCCUUUUUGGCUGAAUUAUGGCCCUUUUUGAACUUCGAAAUUGGUUCUGUUUUCAUACAAGUCCAUGUUUCGUCAAAACUAUUUGACAUAUGGCUUUUAAACUUUGAACACUUGUUUAUCAUUAGGCAAGAGUACAUAACUAUUUUGACUGAAUUAUGACCCUUUUUGGACUUUGAAAUUGCCUCAUAUAUUGCCAUUUAGUGCAAGACUUGUCGAAAUCAUAGUAAUACAGGAACAUUGUUUGUCUAAUCUAUUUAUUUCUUUUGUCUGAAUAUCCGUGGAAAUAUUUUGACCCCAUUCUUCAAUCAGUUCUUCGAAUAGUCGAGGGCGCUGUCAUUAGACAGCUCUUGUUCCUCAUAACAGGGCUAUGAACUUAUAUGAAACAUCCAGCAAAAUAGUGCAUAAAAGUUAAAUGAAGUGACUGAGUAUUCCCAUUCUAUCUGGAAAUAUUGAUCCCUACUGGGUGGAGAGUACGAAGCUUGCGGAUCCAAAAGUACAUUGUAUUUCCUGUUACAUCUUAUACAGUCAACAUUGUAUUAAGAGACUGCCUAAAGGACUGCUAAAAAGUGGUCUCUUAAUGAAUCUCAAUCAGGUGAAGAGAAAAAAUUUUCUUAACUGUUAAUAUAAUUUUAUUAUGAACAUACAUGUAUGAUUUCAAAAUCUGUUUUUAGAUCGUGAACAAUUUUCCAAGUCCAUAAACCGUAAAAAUUGUA